AUUUGGCAAAGUUUGUUGACAAGGGUGUCCAGGUCAAGCUAACUGGUGGGAGACAAGUAACAGGAACUUUGAAGGGAUACGAUCAGCUGCUAAACUUGGUUCUUGAUGAAGCAAUAGAGUUCCUUAGAGAUCCUGAUGAUCCACUGAAAACUACCGACCAAACCAGGCGUCUUGGCCUAAUAGUUUGUAGGGGAACUGCGGUAAUGCUUGUAUCACCAACUGAUGGAACUGAUGAGAUUGCCAACCCCUUUAUCCAGCCAGAGGGGGCCUAAGCGGUUUGCUCAGCUAUUCUUCCUUAAACUAACUGUGCCAUGUAAUCAUAUAUUAUUUUAACAGUGCGUUUGCUUGUGUUGGUUUUACCAUGCUGGGAAAGUUGGGUGAGAAUUUUAUUCAAUACCCACACCUUUCAUUGUCUUGGAAUGUCAACAGGACUGGUAUAUAGGGAGGAUAAUGCUAAAGCUUGGAUAAACAUUUCCUGUUGGUAUUUCUUUUCUGUUGCUCUCUCUGUGCUUGAUGCUUCAAAAUACGAGAAACCACUUAAGAUCAUUUCCCCUA